AUGAUUUUCUGUCGUGUGCAAGUGAUCGUUUUGUUUGUCGUUCAGUUUGCAAAAGACUCACAAUCCUUUGAGGUUCCGAGUGAGGAAGAAUUUGAGGUUGAAUUAAGCCCUGGGAAAUACUUUCACACCGGCAACCAUAGGGAGGCUCUGGACUUCCGGAAAGCAAAGCUGGAUCGCCGAUUGAUCUACAUGGGCAAAAUCGCUGAUCCUUCAUCGACAGCCACCAUCUGUUUUGGUAAAGCUACUGAGGUGGUUCCGUGUGAUGGCUUUAAAAUCAGCAUUAACAUCAAGAACAACUCACAAAGUGUUCGAUACUUCAGCAAGAUCGACGGCGAGUUCAUUGAAAAACCAGUGGUAAAGAAGUUUGCAUUCGAACCAAAUCGUGUCUAUGUAUUCGUCGUCACGAUCACAGACAAAUCGGUAGUGGCUGUGGUCGAAGGCCAACCAUAUUUUGAUGAUCCGGAUUCGAACGCCUUGGAGGUCUUGAACAUAAUGAACGUAAUUAGCGUGCAAGGAUUUGAAAACGGUGUUUUUUAUGUGGAUAAAAUUGCUGCGAAAUAA